CGGGGCGCGGGGAAGAUGGCGGUGGUGGCGCCGCUGCUGGCGCUGCUGUGGGCCCUGCCGGGGCUGUGCCGCUGGCUCGCGCGGCCCUACUACCCACUGUCCGCGCUGCUCGCCGCCGCCUUCCUCAUCGUGCGCAAGGUCCCGCCGCUCUGCCGUGGGCUGCCCUCGCAGCGGGAGGAUGGCAACCCCUGCGACUUUGACUGGCGGGAGGUGGAGAUCCUCAUGUUCCUCAGCGCCAUCGUCAUGAUGAAGAACCGGCGCUCCAUCACCGUGGAGCAGCACAUCGGGAACAUCUUCAUGUUCAGCAAAGUGGCCAACGCCAUCCUGUUCUUCCGCCUUGACAUCCGCAUGGGGCUGCUCUACCUCACGCUCUGCAUAGUGUUCCUGAUGACCUGCAAACCCCCCCUGUACAUGGGCCCCGAGUACAUAAAGUACUUCAGCGACAAAACCAUCGAUGAGGAGCUGGAGAGGGACAAGCGGGUGACGUGGAUCGUGGAGUUUUUCGCCAACUGGUCCAGUGAGUGCCAGUCCUUCGCCCCCAUCUUUGCUGACCUCUCUCUCAAGUACAAUUGCCAGGGGCUGCAGUUUGGGAAGGUGGACGUGGGCCGGUACACGGAUGUCAGCACCAGGUACAAGGUCAGCACCUCGCCCCUCACCAAGCAGCUGCCCACCCUCAUCCUGUUCCAGGGGGGCACAGAGAUCAUGCGGCGGCCCCAGAUCGACAAGAAGGGCCGGGCCGUGUCCUGGACCUUCUCCGAGGAGAACGUGAUCCGGGAGUUCAACCUCAACGAGCUCUAUCAGAAGGCCAAGAAGCAGUCGAAGCCGCGAGAGGAGGGGCCCGAGGAGGCCCCGCCCGCAGCCGCCGAGCAUGCGGAGGGGGAGACCAAGAAGGACAAGUAGAAGUUGCCCUGCGCUGUCGCCCAUCACCACACCGCCAUCGCGCUGGUGGCACCGGCCUCGCCCGGCCCUGCCCGGCGCCGAUCUCCGUGGGGGUCGGUCCCGGCCGAGCCCCGGGAGAGUGGCGGGGCCCUCCGGCCCGGUGCAGGCAGGGCGGUAGGAGGGGCCCCGCCUCGGUUGUAACGCUCGCUCUCAUCGCUGACAAUAAACGGUCCGUGCGGUGCCCGUGUCCCGUG